AGUGUCAUCACAGUCCGCCAUAUUGUCCGCGUCAGUGUUUGGCUCUGGCAACGCCAAAUCGUCGGGCGAUGAAAAAGAAAUAAAUGAGAAAAAAAUUGUGCGAAGCGAGAACAUGCGCUUUGUUUAAUAAAAAAUUUGUGUGUGCAUGCUAAAAUCGUACAACGAAACGCACAAAAUACUACAUAUAUUUUAGGCAGUUUACAACUUCAUUCGUGCUUCUGCUCUCGUCGGCGCGGCGCCGCUCUUUUCGUUGUAUGGGCCGUGCGUAACAAAUAAAAUUGCCAAAAAGUCACGGAAAAUGCACAGAGGCUGUGCGGAAAUGUAAAUAAACGAAAUUCGAAUGAAUUGCAGUGUAAUUCGUUUAAUCAAAAUGUGUGGAAAAGGAAAAAUCUUGUGACGACGACGACGACGUGCUGCUGCUGCUGCUGCGUUCAUUGACGUGACGCGCGAGUGUGUGUGUGUGUGUUUUGAUGUGUGUUGGCGCGUGGGCCAGUGUGUGUGUGGCUGAAUGUGGCUGCGAAUUGUUGUCAAACCAAAAAUAUACAUACAACAAAAGCCAGCGUGGAAGCAGCAACAAACAAAACACCACAACACAGCAGAAAUAGCAAUACAAAAAUAAGCAUAAAUUAUUUAAUAACAACAACAACAAGUUGUCCAAAGGAAAAGAAAGCCAACAGUCAGUCGCGUGCAGUGCAAAAUGUCUCUCUCGUUUGAGUGUGUGUGUGUUGAGUGUAUAGAAUUGAAUAAGCAGUGGCACACAGCAAGAGGAAAUAGGCAAGGCAAGCAGUAGUUUAGUCCAAACAGCAACAAGAGAAACGGAACUGUCAAAUACGAAGAAGUAGCGGGCCAACAACUGCCGCACAAAUGAAGCAAUCAAAUUUUGUAUAAUUUUUGCACAAGCCGAAAUUUGUCUGUACCCCCCACUACCCCCCACACCACCCUCUACAACAAAACAGCAGCACAGGGAGCAUAAAUCUUUUGCCAAUGAGUCGCAGACAGUCAUUGGAUCGACCAGGAAUAUUGUCUCCUCCGGGUCCGUUUCUGACGCCCAGUCCAUCGCCAUCGAUCUCAGCUAGCCCACGUCUGCAGCCAUCGCCAUCGCUAUCGCCGUUCCCACAGGAUGUGGUGCUCGUAGCCAGUGGCAGUCAAGUAAACGCCAACAGCAAUCCCCAGGACCACGAGCGCAAGGCGGCGACGCCUGGCAGGCGACAGUCCAUCCAUCAGUUCGCAAAUGGCAGCCCCAAUGCUGGAACCGUUGUCUUCCAGCCGAGCCCCUCGCAGUCACCGGCGGCCGCUGCCACGACGGUCAUCGGCGUGACGAGUGGUGGCCUUAUCGCCGCCUCAGGAGUGGGAUCAGGCAAUGCCAUAGGAAACGAGCUUAAUGCCACCCUCGUGGGCUCCAAUAAUAUCCAGCUGAAUAAGAAGGGCAAUAAACGUCUCGGCCAGCAUCAGCAGCAGCUGGGACACCAGAUCUUCAGCAGCCAGGCCGUUGCGCCCACCUCCAUCAGCAGCGUAGGGACAGUAGCCGGCGGCUAUGGGCAACAACUCAAUGCCACGGCCAUCAGCAUCAGCAGUACGCCCACUUCGUUUGCGACGGCAAACGUGGUCAGCAGCGGGUCCAAGAAUCAGGCGAAGAAGGCCGCCCAGACCACGGUGGUGAGCCAUCAGCAGCAGCAGUUCCAGCACUACCAGAGCAGCAGUCCCCUGAUAGCGGACAGCCCCAUCCCGAGUCCGAGCAACGCCAUCACGGCGGCCUCCAUUAAGCCGCCAACGCCCCAGCCCCAGCAGCAGCAGCAUUCGCAUUCGCAGCCGAUGCAGAUGCUGCCCCAGCAGUUUACCAUCACCGGCGGCGCCCAGCAGCAUCCGCACCAGCAGCAGGCCACGCAGCAAGUGUUCCAGUUCAUCCAGGGGCCGCAGGGCCAGCUGAUAGCCACCACCACCACCACCCAGCAGCAGCAGCAGCCACAGCCGCAGCAGGUGCAGCAGCAUCACCAGCAGCAGCACCAUCAGCAGCAGCACCAUCAACAGCAUCAGCAGCAGCAGCAGCGGUUUGUGAGCAGCAAUGCAGGGCUCGGGCUGUCCACAAAGUCCGGGAAGGCGCCACAGCAGAUUCUGCCCAAGCCGCAGCAGGAGCUCCUGCAGCAACAGCAGCAGCAGCAGGGCAAGGCCAAGGGCUCCAAUGGAGGGCAGAUCUCACAGUCGCCGCAGCAGCAGCACCAGUCCACGAAUCCCGGCCAACAGCAGCAGCAGCAGCAGAUCCUUUUGCCUGCUGCUGGGAACCAGCAUCAGCAGCUGCUCCUCAACCAGAUGCCCGUCCUGGUGCAGCAGAACACCCAAGGGGUGCAGCUGAUCCUGCGCCCGCCCACGCCCCAGCUGACGGCCGCCCCCUCGCUGGUAAUCCAGCAGAAUGGACGCGGUCAGCCGCAACUGUCGCAGCCGGCCCAGCAGCAGCUGCUGCGCAUUGUCGGAACGAAUGGCGCCACCAUGCAGCUGGCUGCGGCGCCCACCUUCAUCGUGUCCUCGCAGGCGAACCUCAUCCAGCAGACGGCGACGGGCGGCCACUUCCAGAGCGCCAUCAAGACGGGGACCCAGCUGUCGGGCCUGCAUGCGGCUCUGGCCCAGGCACAGGCCCAAGCACAGGCCCAGGCCCAGGCGCAGGCGCCACGAUCUCAGCCGUUUGCCACGACGGCCACCCUGAACACACAGCUCCUGGGCCAGAGCGUGGCCCAACAGCUGCAGAACCUCCAGCUGGCGGCCGCCGCCCAAAUCCAGAUGCCCAACGGCCUGACGGCCAUCUCCCAGCUGCCCGCCCACCUGCAGCAGAGCCUCAGCGGGGCCACCAUCAAUCUGAACCAGCUGAACGGGGCGCACAUCCAGCAGAUAGCCACCGCCUUCCAGCAGCCCCAGCCACCGGCCUCCAAUGGCCCCACGAAUGGCAGCGGCGGCGGCGGCGGCAGCAACUCCGUCGGCCAGGGCGACAUCUUCACCCAAUCCUCGCCCGCCCAUGUCCCGGUGGCCGUCACGCCGGAGCCCCUGCGGCAGUCCACCCCCGUGCCGGUCAUGCAGCACCAGCAGCAGGCGGCCAUGGCCACCAUCCAGCUGCAGCAGCAGCAGCAACAGCAGCAGCAGGCCCAGAUUCAGCAGCUGCAGCAUCAGCUGCAGCAGACGCAGUCGCAGGUGCAGCAGGCCCAGCAGCAGCAUGCCACCACGGCCACCGCCACAGUGGUUGUGGCCGCAGCUCCGACUCCUGCUUCGGCGGAGCCCAAGAAGAAGCCGCGACCGCGAAAGAAGAAGCCCACGGCGGCGGCAGCAGCGGCAGCUGCAGCGGUUGCAGCAGCAGCAGCGGCGUCGGCAGCGGCCGAUCCACCUCCACAGAAGAUAGCCAUAGCCGCCGCGGCCACUGCGACACCCUCCGCUCCGCAGUCGACAGUGCGCUCCAAGUCGCCAUCGCCGCCGCCCACGCACAUCCAGAGGAGCAGCAACGGGAAACUGGACCUCGGGGACGUUAUGAAGUUCUGCGGCAUCACGGGCGACGACGACGAUGACGAGGACUAUGGCAUGGGCAUGGACACGGGCAGUGAACAGCAGCAGCAGCAGCAACAGGAACCGCAACAGCAGCAACAGCAGCAGCAGCAGCAGCCCGGCUCCAAUGAUAUCAUGAUCUCUAUACCGAACCAAAACGGCAGCGAUGGCAUGCCCUUUACGCUGACGAUACCCGCGCCACAGCCACACGGACAGUCGCUGCCGUCGAACGAAGCCACCGAAAUACCAAAUAUCCUCAUUAAGAUUGAUCCCAGCGAUCCCUCAGCCGGUGCAGGUGCAGGCGCAGGAGCCCUGACCUCCACACCGUUUACCCUGUCCACGCCACGGCUGCCGACGGCCGAGGAGAUCCAGAGGCAGGCCCAGCAGCAUCUGGCGCAGCAGGCAGCAGCAGCCGCUGCCGCAGCAAAGAUUAGCCUCCCCCCAGCAGCAGCAGCAUCCACGCCAGGAGCAGCAGCACCACCACCAGCAGCGGGAACAGCGCCCACCAUUAGCAUAAGCCUGCCGCUGCAGCCAACGCCCAACGCUCCUGCGACCGCCCAGCCGCCCACUGGGACACCCAUUGCCGUGACGCUGACCUCCUCGGGCUCUGCCACGGCAGCAGUGAAGCCACGAAGGAAGCCCGCGGUGCGGAGGAACACCAAGAAGUCAGAGGCUGCACCUGCCACGAUUUCAAUGAGCAGCAGCAACCACUCGACGAGCGGCAGCACCACAACGAUCAGCAGCAGCCUGAGCGGCGGCAGCAGCAGCAGCAUGUCCACCACCAUCAACACAAUCACCCUGACAACACCCACAACGACACCCGUUCCAGUGUCGCUGUCGCUGCCUCUACCAGUCCACAGCAGCAGCAGCAGCAGCACCAUGAGCACCAUGAGCUCCAGUUCCACUCUGAUGCUGGCCCAUGGCCUGGGCGGCAGCACCACAACGACCGUCCCGAGUCAGAUCGGGAACAUACAGAUCUCCCAAGUGCAGAACCAUCACCAGUCGGGGGUUCCUCUGAACAGUGCUGUGGUGGAGAACAAGAUCCAGAUAAUGCCCAUCAUGCCGCCAGGAGCCACUGUGAUGGGGGGAACGCCACAGCCACAGCAGCAGCAGCAGCACGGCCAGCAGCAGCAGCAACAGCAGCAGCAUCAACCACAACCCACCGCCAAUCAUCAUCAUGCGACGCAGUUGGUCUUCCAGGGAUCCUCUUCGAUGACCAGUGCAGAAUCGCACACAACCAUCAAGAUGUCCAACGAUGGGCGGCAGAUGCAGCUGGUGGCCAUACCGCAAGCCACGCCCCCAGCCACCGGCAGUGCCGCCUCACAGACGACAGGCACAGCCGUGAUGACCGCAGGGGGAGCCACCAUUAUGGCGCCGCAGCUGAAUGUGGGAGGCCUGCCGGUGGGAUCGCCAGCCUCGGCUGCGGCUCUGGUGCCGCAGCUGACGGGCAGCCUCACGCUGGCCGUUUCGGAGCAGUGCGAGCGCCUGAUACUGCGCCACGAUCCCAACAAUCCGCAGGACCAUCAGUCGCAGCUGAUCCUGCAGGCCCUGCUCAAGGGGGCGCUGCCUAAUGUGACGAUCAUCAAUGAGCCAGCGAGGAUGCCGAUGGAGGCCAGCAAGCAGCAGGCACAGCAGCAGCCACAGAUACAGAUACAACAGCAGCAGCAGCAGCAUCCACAGCAGCAGCACUUGAUCAAAGUAUCAGCGGCAGCAGCGCCCAAAAUAGAGGUCAAAGUGGCCAACAAUCGGAAGCCGCCCAACAGCAUAACCAUGAAACCACCACCGACAUUGCCUCCGGCGGCGGCCCCAAAGACCGCCACCCACGAAGUGCUGUCCUUUCCCCAGAUGUCGCUAAACAGUCAAGUGCUCAUCCAGCAGCAGCCACAGUCACAGCCACAGCCCCAACAGUCGCCUGUUGCUCCUCCUCCUGCUGCUGCUCCGCCGAUAGUUGCUGCUCCUCCAGCAGCGGCAGCACCCGCAGCCGCCACCAACAAUGGGCAACAGCGAUACAUUGCCCUGCCACCGAUCGAUCCUUCCACGCAGCAGCUGUUCUGCCUGAACAGCGUCACGAAUCACAUCACGGCCAUGAGUGCCGGGCAAACGACCGCCUCAAUAGGACCCACAGAGCGGCUGCUGAUCGCACCGGCGGGAAUCAAUGCCCAGCAGCUGGCGCAGUGCCUCCAACUGGGGCAGCUCCACUUCAACGAUGUGAAUCCGAUGCCGGCCCAGCAGGCAGGGGCAGCGGGAGCAGGGACAACGCUGCCGUUGAGGCCGCAGCCGCCGCAGCAGCAGAUCGUGCACCCGGUCCAGCCGAUCAGCAAUGGACUGGCCAUCACAACGACAGCCAGCUCCACGCUGACGACGACCACCAGCACCACCUCGACAACCACCACGGUGACGAAGCAGGUGGCCAAUGUGGCGCCCAUCAUCGACCAGAGCAAGGCUAAGCUGGAGCCCGCCAAGGCGGGGGGACCGGCCACCAGCAGCACGGGGGCUGUGGUGAAGAAGAAGCCUGUGCGCAAGCCCAAGGCCACGCCCACAGCCGCCGAGCUGGCGAUCCUCAAGAACGCGGGGGUGGUGAAGCCCAUGCCGAAGCUGGAUCCGCUGUCGCAGAAGCCGAACAACAAUCCCGUGCAGAUCGUGCAGCCGAAUGUGGCCAGCGGCAAGCAGAUUAUUGUCAUCGGAAGCUCCGGCGGUGGACAGACCACGACGACCACAACCACGACGAUGAGCACCAGCAUACAGCCGUUUCAGACGACCAGUGGCACGAAGCUGGUGGGCGUCACAGCGCCCAUGCAGCAACAGCAGCCGCAGCCAGCGACAGCGAUCCUACAGCAGCAGCAGCAACGGACGAGCUUCAGCCUGACGGCCACCACAGGGGCUAUCAAUCAGGGAGCCACUGCUGCAGCACCGCCGGUGGUCAAUCAACUGCAGAUGCAACAGCAACAGCAACCUCAACAGCAGCAGCAGCAGCAACAACAGCCACAGAUCCAACAGCAAACGGCACAAAAACAUCCGCCACCUCAACCGAAUACCGUGUCCCGAGUGCAGACGAUCCAGCUGACGCCCCAGAUGCAGCAGGUCUUCAAGCAGGUGCAGAUGCAGAUCCAGUUCCUGACCUUCAAGCUGCAGAACAAGACCUUUCUGCCGACGAUGAGUCCCUCGCAGGAGAUGGACACGGCCACGAUAGCCGCCUACAACAAGCCGAUGAGCGAUGCGGAGAUCAAUCUGACGCUGCAGCGGCUCUUUGCGGAGCAGCACCGCAUCCUGGCCUCCGGCAAGGAGGUGCCCACAACGCUGCCGACAGCCAACGGGAACUUCAAUUUGAUUCCACAGGCAGUGCAGCAGCAGCUGCAGCUGCAGGCCGGCCCAGAGCCCCUGAAGACGGCGGCCUCCAUCUCGAUACCGGCCAAUGUAGUGCAGCCGAACAACCACUCCUCCACCGCCACCACCACAGCUGUGGCAGGAGGAGGAACCGGAUCAGUGGCGGUUGUGCAGCAGCCACAGCCACAGCCGCAGAACAUUACCCAGCGCAUCCAUAUCUAUCCGAUGCAGCACCAGCAGCAGCAGCAGCAGGCCAACAAGCAGAAGCAGGCGCAGGCUCAGCAAAAGGCAGUCGCCACGAACAGCAGCAUGCCGCAGCAAUUGGCACAACAGGAACAGCAGCAACAGUCGCAGCAGCAGCAACAAUCACAGCCGCAGCUGAAGCUCAAGGAGGCUCCUGCCAUCCGCAACAAAGUGAUUGCCAAUGCGUCCACUCAACAACAACAGCAGCAGCAGCAUCCACCGAAUGGAGCCAUCAAUAUGCUGCCACAGAAGACCAUCACCAUGUUGCCACAGCAGCAACAGCAGCAGCAGCCGCCGCUCUUGAAGAGUGGUCCGCCACCGCUGAUCUUUGCCAGCUCCACAAAUCUGUUGGCCAGCAGCAGCAGCAACAGCAAUCAGAACAACAACAGCAGCAACAGUAGCAACAGCAACAGUAAUAGCAACCACAGCGGUAGCAACAUGAUGCAUGUGGCAAACAUGCUGCCAAUGCCACCAUUGCAGCCCCAGCAGCAGCCCCAGCAGCAAUCGCAGCAGCAGCCACAGACGCAGCCACAGACGCAGCCCCAGCCGCAGCCGCAGCAGGUGCCACAACUGCAGCCCCAACAGCAACAGCAGCCACAGGUGCAGCAGCAACAGCCGCAACAGCAGCCACAACCAGCGGCUCCGCCAGUGCCUGUCCUACCAACUGUGGCAGCACCAACACCAGUGCCACCAGUGGGAAUGGGAGUGCCAGGAAUCGGAAGUCUGAUGCCCACCCUGCCGACACCCGUGCUGCCCAGCCUGCCGCUGUUCAUGCCACCAAAACUGGAUGAACUGCCGCCGCUGAAGCCGAAAAUUGCACGCCUCUCCUUGUUCGUGCGCCAGCUGGAGGUCGACCAGGAGAGCUGCCUGAAGCCGGACUAUGUGAAGCCCUUCCGCACCAAAGACGAGGCCGUCAAGCGAUUGAUUAGGUACCACUGCAUGCACGAGAAUGACUUGGAGCUGCCCUCCGACGAGGAGGAGGAGUUUGAGGCCACCGCCCUGGGAUUCCAGGAUAAGUUCCGGCAAUUGAACGGAAAGUUCCACGAGAUCCUCAUGCAGGAGUCCACUCUGCCGCAUCGCACCUCGGAGUCCCUGCAGAUGCAACAGCUGAUGAUCGAUGACCUCAAGGGGGAGAUCAAUGACAUUCGCACCGCGGAGAAGGAGCUGGAGCAGCAGCUGAAGGAGGAGCUAAGCAGCGAGAGAUUGGCCACAGAAUCCCAGCUUCAGAUCAAAGAGGAGAUCAAGCAGGAGCCACAAUCGAAGGCAGCCGCCGCAGUGGUGGACACGUUUGAUUUGCUCAAGAACAGCGCCGAUGUGAACAAGGCCUUCAGCAAGUCCCAGUCGCAGUCGCAUCCACAGACAGACUUUGCAGCCGCAACAGCCGUGAAGCAAGAGGCGCCGGAGGAGGAGGAGGAGGAGCGGGAGCAACCCACAACCAAUGGCGAGGUGAAAAGAGAGAACCAAAGCAAGGAUUCGAGCGGUAGAUAUAUCAAAAAGGAUUACGGACACUUUGACAUCGAGUCGGAGCUGCAGACCAGCUUCAUUCUGAAGAAGAUCGAGGCCAAGGCAAGGGCCAGCCAGAUGCCCUAUGGGAGCGAGAGACCAAUGCAGGAGCAGCAGCCACAACAGCAACAGCAGCAGCAUCAGUCGAUGCAGCAGCAGCAACAUAUCAAAGGCAAUGGCGUGGGUCAGCAUGUGGAGCAGGAGGAUGGCUGGUAUUGCCUUCAGAAUGAGCUCAAUCUGAUGAACAGCGAGGGAUUGCCGCAGCAGCAGCAGCCACCGCCACAGCCACAGAUGAAUGGAGGACAGCACCAACAUUGCCCCAUCAAUCGCCAGCAACAGCAGCAGCAGCAACAUUUCCUGGACACCUCCAAUGGCAGCGGAAUGAUGAACAACAGCAGCAAUCAAAUGGGGGAUCUAUUCCCCAACGGCUGUAUCGACAAGAGCAACCAGAGCUCGACGAGCAGCAGCAACAGCAGCACCUGCGGCAGCGACAACAACGCCCCCAGCGGCAGCGCCAGUGGCGUCGAUCCCAGCAAGCACAAUUCGAGCAUUGGCAACUCCUCGUGCAGCGGACAGCGCCAGCAGCCGGUGGCCAUGGAUGCGGCGGAACAGAACCAGCAUCCGGCCAUCAGUGAGUUCUUCAGCAGCGACUCGGAUGUUCAAAAGUCGGUGGAGACGCGCCUGGAGGCCAUGUUCGGGGAGUCGCCGGUGCAUUUGGAUGUGAAGAACAGCAGCGAUGCCCACGACAUUGAAUCCAAUCUGGACGAGAUCUUUGGCGAUUCGAAAUCCCCAGAGGUCAAGAGCAAAUUGAACAUGUGGGUGCCAGAUGCCAGCUUCAUGCAGCAGCCGCAACCACAGCCACAGACCCAACAGCAGCAGCAGCAGUAUGCAGCACCACAGCAACAGCAACCAUCACAGCAGCAGCAGCAGCAUCACAUCGAACUGAAUUGCAACAAUAAUCCCAGGUGGAUGCAGAGCAUGGAGGCCCACUACAGCGACUUCAUGUCCAGCACUAGCACCAGCAACGGCGACGGACCCGGCGCUCAGGGGGCGAUGCUCGUGAACGGGGGAGAGUCGCGCAAGCGGCACUGGGACAGCCAGAUGAUGGGCUCCAGCAGCGAGCUGGAGGACGACAACAGCAGCAAGCGGCUGUGCACGGGCUCCUCCUCGUCGUCGUCGCCCAUGUCCUCGCAGCAACAGCUCGUGGUGCCGCCGCACGGCCUUCUCGAUCCGGAGAUGCUGCUGCACGACGGCAUGGGAGUGGAGCCGGCCAACGGGCCCGCAGGCUUCUCCCAGAUGCUGCAGCAGCAGCCGCAACAGCAACAGCAGCCGCCACACAACUUUGCCAAUCAUCAGGCCUACGCCAGCAUGAUGAACACCCAGCAACAGCAGCAGCACUACCAGCACAGCAUGCAACAGCAGCUGCAGCAGCAGCAACAGCAUCCCCAGCAGAUGCACGUGAACCACUUGGGCGGACAGCCCGUGGUGACGGGGGAGUACGACGACGACAUUAGCCGGCAUGUGGCCAGUGCCAUUGACAGCAUACUGAACCUGCAGAACAGCGCCGACUCUCUGCAGUUCUCGCUGGGCUCGAUCCUGGGCGACAGCAUGCUGGAGGACCAGCGGCAGGGGGGCCAGGCCAAUCUGCCGAGCUGCCAGCAGGAGCAGCUGCAGCUGGCCCACCAGCGUCGCCGGCAGCUCGGCGAGGAGAUGAAUGACUGCCUGAUCAGCGGCGGGGGAUCGGCGGCCAAUGCCGUGGCGGACAACAGCAGCAACAUCCUGCUGGAGCACCACCACCAGCACCAGCUGCAGAUGCAGAGCCACAGCGUUGUCCAGCCGCCGCAUCUGCAGCACCAGCAGCACCAGCACCACCAGAGCAUCGGACAGGCACCCUCCCAGCACUUGGUGGGGCAGCUGAAUGACUUUAGCUGCGUGGCCGCCGGCCUGGACGACCCCGUCAAGUCGAUAAUGACCUCUUGACUUGGACUGACCUCAACCGCCGGUGGAGGCGGAGCGGCUGCCCCGACAUCGGCGGCGGAGCUGGCCAACAGCCUGAUUCUCGAGUUCAAUGCCACCACCUUGUGAGCGUGGGCUGACAGCGACUUGAUGAUUGUAUAGAAAAAAACGCCCCUCACCCCCCCC